GUGUUUAGUCGAAUAAGGAAAAGGGGUUAGAGGGAGGUGAGAUUUUGGGGCCCUCCCCCCUUCCCUUAUCUCUCAGCCUCCCGGGAGAUGUACUGCUGCUCUCCCCUCUUGCUGCCAGCCUUGAAAUGGCUUCAUUUAUUCUCUUCUGGAGAAUGAAUCGAUCCUCCCUAGCCUUCUCUUCCUGUUCCCCACCUCCUCUAUGCUCAGAAUCCUAGAGGAGGGGGAGGGAAAAGAUUUCGCCUCCGUGGAGUAUCCUGCACGUUUGGGAGCUGUUAGGUUUGCGCUUUGAGAUUUUUCUAUUAAAAAAAUAUAUAUAUAUUUUCUAUUUACAAGGGGACAGAAACAGUUGCAUUUCAUCCCCAUUUUAGGAUUUUGAUUGCCAUUUUUUACAAAUUUUAAAAUUGCAUGCCCCGUUGUGUCGCGCUCCCCACCCGGUAGACCUGCAGGGGUGCCAGGGAGAUUUGAACGCACCGCCCGCUCUCCCUGCAGCUCGGAAAAAGAACACGAGCAUCCUUCUCGCUCUUGGCGCGGGGACUGCAUCCUUGUGCAAAAGGACAUGCGAGCAGCGACCGCCGAACUCCUUUCUUAUAGGACUCCAUGAAUCUGGAUUGUGCAUCGACCCACGCGGACUCACGCUGUGGAAUGAGAAUUGGCCUCUGCUGUUCCCCAGCGCGGCAUUUUAACUCUCACAAGCAGAUGCCACCUCCCUUGCUUUGAACAUUCUGAGAUCUCCACGCGAGAGAUUCAUUUACCUGAGGAAACGAGCCGAAUUGUCUCGGCAUCCUUGAAAUACCUCCAGACACGCGCGGAUCACGUGGGGAACCAACAGCAGAAAAGCCACUGAAAAGACUCCUUAGGAAAUUCUUCUGUAGAGCAACUUAGGUGGAAGUUUUCACUGGGCAAAAUGGGGGAACAACCCAUCUUCAGCACUCGAGCUCACGUCUUCCAGAUUGACCCAAACACAAAGAAAAACUGGGUUCCCACCAGCAAACAUGCGGUUACGGUAUCUUACUUCUAUGACAGCACAAGAAAUGUGUAUAGAAUAAUCAGCUUAGAUGGCUCAAAGGCAAUAAUAAAUAGCACCAUCACCCCAAACAUGACAUUCACUAAAACAUCACAGAAGUUUGGCCAGUGGGCAGAUAGCAGGGCAAAUACUGUAUAUGGUUUGGGAUUCUCCUCUGAGCAUCAUCUUACAAAAUUUGCAGAAAAGUUUCAGGAAUUCAAAGAAGCUGCUCGAUUAGCAAAGGAAAAGUCCCAAGAGAAGAUGGAGCUCACGAGUACGCCCUCCCAGAGAAGAGGUGAAAAAAGCAGAAGGGGAACCCAUCAGGGUGGGACCACUUCCUUCGAACAAUCAGGGCAUAUUUUAUUGAAGAAAGGCUACGUGGAAUCAGCAGGAGGGGAUCUUCAGUCUCCUUUAACACCAGAAAGUAUUAAUGGGACAGAUGAUGAAAGAACUCAUGAAGUGACACAAAACUCAGAACCAAGGGCUGAACCAACCCAGAAUGCAUUGCCAUUUUCACAUAGCUCAGCCAUCAGCAAACACUGGGAAGCUGAACUGGCCACACUCAAAGGUAACAAUGCUAAGCUCACGGCAGCACUGCUGGAGUCCACUGCCAACGUCAAACAAUGGAAACAGCAGCUUGCCGCCUAUCAGGAGGAAGCCGAGCGCCUACACAAACGGGUGACUGAGCUGGAGUGUGUGAGCAGCCAAGCAAAUGCAGUUCAUACACACAAGGCUGAGUUAAAUCAAACAAUACAGGAACUGGAGGAAACGCUGAAGAAGAAGGAGGAGGAAAUAGAAAAAUUGAAACAAGAAAUUGAUAAUGCCAGAGAGCUACAGGAACAGAGAGACUCAUUGACUCAGAAACUACAGGAAGUAGAAAUUCGAAAUAAAGAUCUGGAAGGACAACUCUCGGACCUAGAACAGCGCCUGGAGAAAAGUCAGAAUGAGCAAGAAGCUUUUCGCAAUAAUUUGAAGACACUUUUAGAAAUUCUUGAUGGAAAAAUAUUCGAACUAACAGAAUUACGAGAUAACCUGGCCAAGCUCCUAGAAUGCAGCUAAAGGACCUGGGAUUUCAGUGCUGAUCCUCUAAAGACGUGCUGUCUCUUCUUCAUAGGACUACCUUGGGCUCUGCAUCAAAUUUGCACAAAAUUAGGAUAUUACUCCUCCACGAGGAGGACCUAUUUGCAAAUUGGAAUAGGAUAUUUCAGUGUAAAAUUUAGAAUUCAGCUUGUAGCUAGUUAAAAACAAAAUGAAAAACUUGAACUACAAAUUACCUCCUUGUACAUUAUUGGCCAUAGUUAACUAGAAAGCUAUUAAUAGUCAUUUGAUGCAAUCCUUUUCUGAUAUUAGCCAGUGGGAGAAUUAGCAGUGUCUGGGUCACAUCCUCCCCCCUUUUUUUGUGUGUUGGACACAGUUGUAGAUUAUCUGCUUUUUAAAUUUAUUUAUUUAAAAUAUCUAACUGCUGUGUUUUGUGCAAAAAAAAAAAAACACAAAAAUCAAACCCCAAAUUUAGUGCUGAAAGCCCUGUGUUUUUAUUUUUGUUUUCGGUUUUUUUUUUUUUUUUUUUUUUGUUGAUGAUGUUGUUGUAACCUUAAUGAUUUCUCAGGAUACUUUGCACUGUUGAGAAGCAGUGUCUUUACGAAUUAAUUCUUGCCAGAAGUGAGAGAGAAAUGUAUCUUUAAUUGAAACACAGAUAAUAUAACUGCUUGUAUAGAGUUCUUCCUUUUUUUUAUACUGGAAGAUAUUUCACUCGUUCACUCUGGUGUUCUAUGAUACUGUCCAGUGUAUGGUUUACUUUUCCAUAUUGAUUCCAUGUAUUUAGGAUAAGAUAUUAUCUCCCAUUUUAUUACACAUUUUAAAGCCAACAAAUGAAGGCAGCUGAGUCCCUCAGAAAAAAUUUCUUUUUAAAUUUCUGAUAAAUUUGACAUACUGUACUGAACUAUAACAACCAGACAAUGACAGUCUGGUUUGUCUAGCAAUGUUAAGGAUAUUUACAAAAUAUGCAGUUACAUUAAGAUGUUUUAUUUAUAUAUUUUGCAAGAAAUAUUUUCUGAAUGAUCAAUGCAUUUCAAUUUUAAGUGUAAUAGUGGCGAAUGGGGAACUAACUCUGUUUAUUAUAGCUCAUUUUAAGGAUGUAUAGCUAUUUUAAAGGGGAUACAUUUAUGUUGAAUUUGCCCGACUAAGAGGACUGUUUCUCACUGCUGUGAUAAUAGCAAAUUGAGAUAGAGACAGGUUUACUCUGUCUGGGUCUUCACACCACAUCUGUAUCCAAACCACAAUAGGCAAUAUUCUGAACUGUUAACUAGAUGUUUCAACAUGGGAAUUGAAUUCACUAAGCUAUGCUCAAGUGAACAGGUUUUAAAGUUGUUUUGAUGUAAUUUUAAAAAAGAUUUUUGGCAAACUUGCAUUUCUUUAUAUGAUAUAUUUAUUUUAAGAAAAUCUUUGAAAGGUAAGCCAAGCAUCAUUUUGUCUGCUUACUGAGUAGGAAUUGCAUCAAACUCCGUCCUCACUGUAAAAUACCUAUAAUGUUGAAGAGGAUUCUUUUUUAAAGUGGAUGAAUGAGUGUCUGACUUUGAAGAUCAGUCUCAAGAGGCACUGAUUUUUCUUUUGCACCCCACAUUAAUUUAAACGUUACAUACAAAGUUAAGAUUGUUAAUAAAUUUGUACAACAGACCGCAUCUUUCACUUAAUGGACAGACUCUCUGUACUAGAACAUUUGGGUCUGUUUAUAUUUGUGUGUGUAUGUUUCUAAUGCACACUCAUUGAAUUUAUAUUAGAAAGAGUUCAAACACAAAUGGCUUAUUUAUAAAAUUACAGUUUUUUUUUUAACAGUGAGUUAU